GCCUACUAAACAAAAUGUUUGAAUUUUUUUGGUACGAUUACCUUAUUUUCAUCGUUGUCCUAAGUGUUAGUGCUUUGAUCGGAGUUUAUUAUGGCUUUUUCGGAACCAAACAAAAAACUAUUAAUGAGUACUUACUAGGAGGGAAAAAAAUGAGCGUUUUUCCAGUAGGAAUUUCUAUUGCCGUGAGUCACUUUUCGGCCAUAUUACUCAUGGCAGUACCGGCCGAAAUUUACAAAUUUGGAGCUUUUUAUUUGUAUGCUAAUAUUUCUAUGAUUUUGUUGGGUUUUAUAACUGUCUACAUUUUUCUACCAGUAUUUUUCAACCUGCAAAUUACAUGCGUUUAUGAAUAUCUAGAAAAGAGAUUUGAUAGAAGAACUCGAUUAUUAGCUUCGGUAUUUUUUGUAAUUUCAGAAAUAAUGGGACUUUCCGUUACCCUUUACUCUCCAGCUUUGGCCCUUUCAAUUGUUACCGGCUAUCAGGUCCACUUGAUUAUAAUUAUUAUCAGUGCCAUUUGUACAUUUUACACCGCAGUUGGAGGUCUAAAAACAGUGAUAUGGACUGACUUUUUUCAAAUGGGGAUAAUUUUUUUGUCCCUUAUAGCCGUCCUUAUUUUUGGUUUCGCUGCUUCAGAAAAUGUUUGGAACACAAUACUUGCCGGUGAAAGACUUGAUAUUUUUGAUUUCAGCUUGAAUCCUACAAAAAGGGAUACAUUUUGGACGUUUGUAAUUGGAUUUACAACUCCUUGGAUAUAUUAUGCCAGUCUAACACAAAGUGGUGUUCAAAAAUAUUUAACACUGCCUACACUAAAAGAUUGCAAUAAUGCAGUGAAAAUUUUUGUCCUUGUGCUGGAUUCAAUCCUAAUAAUUUGUUGUUUAUUGGGAUUUUUAAUUUAUUCUCAUUAUGCAAACUGUGAUCCUUUACUAAAUGGAAAAAUUCAAAAACACGAGCAGCUAUUACCUUAUUACAUUAUGGAAAUUGCUGGAAAUGUGCCGGGAGUUUUUAGUUUAACUCUUACUGGUUUAUUUUGUGCUUCACUGAGCACAAUUUCAUCAAGUUUAAACUCAAUUUCCGGCGUCAUUUAUAAAGAUUUUGUUACAAAAUUUAUAAAAAGUGAAAUUUCUGAAAAAACGGCUGGGUAUAUUUUACGAAUCAUUGUGAUUAUUGCUGGUAUUUUGUUUCUUUCGAUUUCUUUUAUUAUAGAGCUCUUAGGUGAUAUGCUUCCUUUACUCAUGAGUGUGACAGCAGUUGUAGAUGGACCAUCGUUUGGUUUAUUUGCAUCAGGAGUUUUAAUUCCAAAAAUGAAUGCCAAGGGAGCUUUUGGUGGAGCUAUUUUGGCCGGUAUUAUCCAAGCAAUGAUAAUAAUUAUUUCAAAAAUAUAUUUCUUUAAUAAUGCAAUUGUUACAAUUCAUAAACCUUUGUUAAUCGAUGGCUGUGAUAAUCAAACGAUUUGGACAAAUUCUUCUCUAAUCAGCCUUAACAAUACUUCACAUGACUUAACAACAGGGAGCAAACCAUUUUUUAUAUUUCGUCUUUCACAUCACUACCAGUGUUUAUUUGGAGCAAUUGUAAUGAUAAUUACUGGUCUAAUUAUAAGUCAUUUCACCAAGAAGGAUAAUCUACCAGUUGAGAAAGUGUUAUUCAGUCCUGUUAUUCAUCGAUUUCUAUCUGAAACUUCAACAGCAGAAAAAGGCCAAGAGUUACAAGAACUUAUGACAAAUCACAAAAAAAAAUGUGAUGAUACAAAAUAAUAAUUUUCUUCUGAUAAUUACAACAAUUAAAGUAUUUGCUUACAUACACACGUGGUUGAGGGAUGGAUGAUACAUUUAGCUUUUGCUUCAAAAUCCUUCAAAAGUAGUUCUUCGCUGUUUUAUAAAAAACAGAAUUAAAUUUCAAUUUUGUCAAUUUUUGGGGAAAUAAAUAUGAC